GCUUGCAACAAUUCCAGUUCACUUUAAAAUGUCGCGUAAGUUGAAGGAGAUUCGGGAAAAUCUGGAACAUCUCACCAAGCAAAUGUCUUGCUUCCAAUUCAAACAAUGUUCGCCAUAUAAGCGGUCAGAUACCAUGGAGAGACGCGAAACCGGACCCUUUGUUGAUGAAUCUAAGGUUUUUGGCAGAGAUGAGGAUGUGGAGAAGAUUGUUGAGAUGUUGCUGUCAGGAAGUGGUCCUCAAGUUCCAGUUAUUCCGAUUGUUGGAAUUGGAGGCAUGGGGAAGACAACACUUGCUCAGUUAGUAUACAAUGAUCCGAGGGUCAGGAGGCAUUUUGAACUUGAGAUGUGGGUAUCCGUCAAUGAUAAUUUCAACCCGAAAAGGAUCAUCAAUCAAAUGUUGGGUUAUAUCACAAAGAGUAGCCAUGACAGCUUGCAGAUUGGUGUGCUGCAGUCUCAGUUGAGGCAAUCAUUGAGGGGAAAAAGAUACGUACUUGUGCUAGAUGAUGUGUGGAACCACGAUCAAGAUGAAUGGGAUAAACUAAUUAAUCCAUUGAAGGGCACUUCGGAUGGAAGUAAAAUUAUACUUACUGCACGGAGCGAGGCAGUCGCAGCAAUAACUAGUGCAUCUCCCCCUUACCGUUUGGAAGCGCUAAGCAAAGAUGAUUGUUGGAAUUUGUUCAAGCAACUAGCCUUUUCAGAGGGAAAAGAAGAUGAAUUUCAAAGCUUACUGCCCAUUGGUGAACAAAUAGUUGACAAGUGCAAAGGUGUACCUUUGGUGGCUAAAACUCUUGGAAGCCUACUGCGCUUAAAAAGACAAGAAACCGAGUGGUCAAAUGUGCAAAAGAGUGAGCUGUGGAGUGACAAUGGAGGUGAGAACAGAAUUUUAACAAUCUUACGACUGAGUUACAAUCACUUGCCAUCGCAUCUAAAACCUUGUUUUGCAUAUUGCUCAGUGUUCCCUAAAAAUUAUGAGAUAAAUAAGGAAAAGUUGAUCCAUCAAUGGGUUGCACAAGGCUUAAUUGAUGAUCAAGAGUCUUUCCUGCAUAUGGAGGACAUUGGGAACGAGUAUUUUAACAACUUAUUGAUGAUGUCUUUCUUUCAAGGCAUAAGAAAAUCUGAUGAUGACGAAGUUAUGACAAAGUUUACAAUGCAUGACCUUAUUCAUGAUCUUGCAAAGUCUGUCGCUGGAAAAGAAUUUAUGACUCUUGGGCAUGACAACGUGCGUUCUAAUCUCAUAGAAAUUCCGUACCUGACAGAUGGUUUCUCAAAGAUACGCCAUGCUUCAGUUGUUUCCAAUCCUAGCUCUUGUUUGAUCCCCAAAGCCUUGUGUAAAGCAAAGAAACUGCGUACCCUCAAUUUGCUGUCACCAAGAGAGGAUUCUGAGCAAGUCCUUCCUGCCGUAGUCUCAACUUUUAAGCAUCUCAGAGUGCUCAAUCUGAGUGGAUAUGACACUAAAAGACUGCACAGAUCGAUUGGGGGGUUGAUAUAUUUGAGAUAUCUUGAUCUUUCUUAUACUCUCAUUGAGACCAUGCCAGCAACAAUCUGUGAUCUCUGCAAUUUGCAGACACUGAAUCUUUCAAAUUGCAGUGAGCUCAGGGAGUUACCAAGGGGUACAGCAAGGUUGAUAAGACUGAGACAUCUGCAUAUAGAUAAUUGUGCAAAACUUUAUUACAUGCCCCCAUCAAUCGGAAACUUAUGCCAACUUCGGACUUUGCCAGUAUUUAUUGUAGGUUGCAAAAUUGAAGAUGACAUUACCGAGCUUCUGAGACUGAGCAAUCUUCAAGGCAAGUUAAAAAUCAGACACCUGGAGAGAGUUAGUUCUGUAUAUGGUGAGCAUAUUAUGAGUUGGAUGUCAUUAAGAAACUUCUACUCAUUGGAACUGUUAUGGGGGAAUGUUGAUGAGGGUAAGUCAGCUAGUAACACAUCCAGCAGACAAAGUCCCAGGGGCAAUCCACUUGCUGAUCUGGAAGUAUUCAAUUAUUUAAAACCAAACCACUAUAUAAGAAAGUUGUCCAUAAAAGGUUAUUCAGGAGAAACCUUUCCCGAUUGGAUGAAUAUGUCUGGCCUUGAAAAUCUCACUCAGGUGAACUUAAUUAACUGCGAAAACUGUGAGAGUCUUCCUACGCUUGGGAAACUUCCAGUUCUCAAGAUCCUUAACAUCCAAGGAAUGCAUUCCAUCAUAAACAUCGGUGUUGAGUUCUCAGGUGAAGGUGACAGAUCAUUCUCGUCCCUGAAAGAACUUACCCUCAGAGACUUUCCUGAAUUGAAAACUUGGAGCAUUGUGGAUUCCGCAGAAGCAUUUAUUUGCCUGGACAAACUAAUCAUCACAGAAUGUCCAUUGUUGAGGAGCAUGCCAUGGUUUCCACGUCUCCAAUACUUGGAGCUGCAAAAGUGCAACCAAUUGAUAGUGAGGUCAGCGUCUGCUCUAAACACACUAUCCACCCUCGUUAUUGACUUCUUUCAGGACUUAUUCUUUCUACCAAAAAAAUUGUUGCAAAACAAUUCGCGUUUGAAAUCACUGAAAAUUGGAUGCUGUGAAAAACUAGAAACUUUGCCACAUGGAUUAAAAAGCCUCACUUCACUGGAGAACUUGGAAAUUGUUGAGUGUCCUAGUUUAAUCUGUUUGCCAGAGGAAGGCAUGGAAGGCUUGUGCUCACUUCGAUCAUUCUCAAUUGAGAAUUGUGCCGGCUUAACAUCUUUGCCAAUGGGGAUGAAACACCUCACAGCUCUUGAUAACCUCACAAUUAUGUCUUGUUCAAACCUAGUUCAUCUGCCAGAUAAUUUCCACUGCCUUGUGGAACUUAGAAGCGUGACAAUUAUAAACUGUGAAAAGCUCACAUCUCUGCCGGAGGGAAUGCAACACCUGAAGAAAUUGCAAAUUCUGGAACUUCGUAUGUGCCCAAAACUCACGGAGCUUCCCAACUGGGUGGAGCAUCUUGUUUCACUUCGAUCUUUGGCAAUCUCUCAGUGUCCAAAUAUAAGAUCGUUGCCAGAAGGUUUAGGACGUCUAAGUGCACUGCAACACCUGUCCAUCAGAGACUGUCCUGAUCUUGAGCACCAUUAUGAGAGAGGAAAAGGCGAGGGCUGGGAGAAGAUAUCUCAUGUCCCUUAUACCUAUGUUGAAUCAUCGGCAUUGCAGCAGAGGCAACACAUUGCGUCCACGUCACAAAAUCCUUAGUUUUGAAGAACUGAGGGCUGGUUGUACAUAGUAUAAGAAGCCAUUUGGGAUCAUGAUCCGACGGAAUUGUAAUCGAGUCAAAAUGGGUCACAGUUAAUGUCCAUCUUGUAAAUUUGCACCUGAGGGUUUUAAGAAUCUUGAAGGCCAUGCAGUUUAAAUUUUUCUGUUCAAAUAGUAAUGUUUUCAUUGUUGGGUUGCUAUGACUUCUGCAACUCCGCUUGUGACUUGAACCAUUGGCCCUGUGUUCUCAUGUUUGUUGUUUCCUCUCAAGUCCAGUGCAUCUUCUACAAUAUCAGUUUUCCAGCAGGCAAUGAUUUGGGUAAACAAACUAAAGCAUGGUAAAGAUGACAGAACAAUUGGGUUUGUGGAGAGUUUGUAUUUGUAUCUCUUGUAAAUUAGGACUGGCCUCUUAUUUAUCUGUGCUUUUUAAUUUGUGUCUAUUGUGUGUGCUUGCACAUUUAAUACUUGUAAGAAUCAACGUAUUCUUAUUCUGCUGGCUGCUGCUGAAUAAUUUUUCCCCAAGAUUUUUAA